AUGUUGUUGCGAAUUUGUUUUUGUCCGUGGAGCUACCAAGAAAAAAAGAUGAGUAGAAAGAUAGUGACGCAGAAACAGUUAGAGGAGGAGGUAGCAGCCAUUUUUGCCAGCGAUACAGAAUCAGAAGUCGAUCCUUUUGACACUAGUGGCUCCGAUGAUAAAGACUACAAUCCAUCAGGAUGCGAAGAAGAAAUAGAACGCGAGCGUCACAAAAUAGAUUCAGGUUCCGAGGGCAAUAAAAUGAAUAAGGAAAAUCAGAUGAUAAGUGAUGAAAGUAAAGAACAAAGCAGUUGUGACAAAAAUGAUGAAGAAGGCGAAGCCAAGAUGUUGAAGGGAAUUGACGUAUUAGUUUUUAUGAUAACGUUCACAAGCGUGUUUUGCAACGAUUUCUCUGAAAAAGACGCUAUUGCAUACCUAAAAAAAUAUGAACAAAAUAUCGAUAAUACCACAGAUUUCUCUACUUUGUUAAUUACUUUCCAAGAAAGGUAUAAUUUGCCAGUGGAUGGAUUGCUUAAUAAUGUAACAAUAGAAUUUAUGCGCCGACCACGUUGCGAACACAGUGAUAACGAAUUUAGAGUAAGUUCUCCAUGGCAAAAACAUCACCUGCGAUGGUAUUUUCCUCAAAAAACGGUUGAGGCACAAAAAGAUGCAGAAAUGGCUUUUCAAAUGUGGCAAAAUGUAUCAGAUUUAACAUUCACAAUGGUUACAAACCCUACUCUAGAUCCUCCUGAUAUAACCAUAGCUAUGGUUAGAAAAACUCAUUAUUUUAGGCCAAAUUGUAUGGGUAAUGAUAAGUGUCCGAGUAAAGUAGGGCAAGGUGUUUUAGGACAUUCAUAUUUUCCUGAUCACGCCGGUAAAUGUAAAGAAAUCCAUUUAGAUAUUACCAAGUCCUGGUAUUUUGGAAAUGAUUCUAAUAUACCUGAAGGUCGUACUAGUUUUCUUAUGGUAUUAGCUCAUGAAAUUGGACAUGCUCUCGGCAUUGGUCAUAGUGAUACACCAGAUGCUAUGAUGUAUAAUAUGUAUCAGAAUAAAAUUAGUGUUCUACAUGAUGAUGAUAUAAAUGCAGUACAAUAUCUAUAUGGAGCUAAAAAGAAAAAUAAAUAUGCUACAAUCCCAAAGGUUACAACACCAGUUGCUACAAGACCUACAACACGUAAGCAACAGAUUGGUUCAAGACAUACGACAGCUAGCUCAACAACGUUAAGAUCUACAACUAAAAAGCAGCCGGCCGGUACAAGCCAUACAACAGCUAGCUCAACAACGUCAAGAUCUACAAUGCGUAAGCAGCCGAUCCUCAAAAAUUUGUGUGACAUUGUUCCCGAUUUUAUGUUUCUAGCCACUGCUCCAGAAUUUUCAAACUACCGAUUAUAUAUUGCUUAUGAUAAGUUUAUAUGGAAACUAGACUUGAACGAAAUGAGUAUUCCAUCUCAACCUGAACUUCUUGCUGAUUAUAUUCCUAUAGAAUUACGUCAAUACACUUUACAACACAUUUUUCAAACAACAAACGGUGAUUUGGUUACAGUUGUGUCUCCAAACAAAUAUUUCUCAGCAUCAUUCCCUAGUAUUCAAUUUAUCGAUAAUUUUUCACUUAAUAUACCCAAUAAGGCUCACAUCAAUGCUAUUUUCCAAUCAAAUGCUGGGCGCUCCUACACAUUUUAUAAUAAUAUGUCAUAUAUAGAAUUUUCUAAUGAUUUUACUAGCGAGUUACAGAGAGGACAGAUAAAAGACAUAUUUCCUGGAAUACCUGAAGAUAUUUCUCUCGCACUUCGAUGGAUUGAUGGCCAUAUUUACUUUUUCCGUCAAAAUACUUACUAUAAAUUUAAUGAAUUUACAAGAAAAGUUAUUGCAGCAGGACCAUUUAAUUGGAAUCUAUUUGGAGUGCCUUGUCCAAACGAAAAUAUCUUACAACAAUUAAAAACUCUAAUAUCUAAACUUGUAUCUGUAUAUAAUUAA